GGCGACUCUGUGGACAGGAAGUCAGAAAAGUAGCGGAUCAAAGAAUGGUGCUUUCGCCUUCGUGGGUCCGAUCACUCACCGGAUCCACCGGGUCACUUCCAACCGGACCAGCCGCGGACAACGCCAACGCCAGACACAGAACUGGACGAACCAACCGCACCACAACACGCAACAUGAGUCGGGCAGACGGGUACCUCGGCUGAACUCAUGCUCACCGAGGAUCCGCUUCUGCCCAGUGCCAGACUGACAAAGUCCACCUCCUGCUGUUUCGACAUCUGAGGUCGUGUAGACCACAGCAGUUGAAUCAGAGUGAACAGUCAAGGGAGAAUCCUGACGAGAAAAACUCACCGUGUCUUGAUGAAUCGAAGUCACUGUCAGACCGGCCGAGAGAACACGAAGCAAACGGGAUUUUGCCGCCUGUUUUGACACGCGGAUCACGUGACGGGACAGCUCUGGUGCGCCUGUGCGAAGCAGGUGACGCCCACUGACACACCGAACUCCGGAGAAGUUUGGACUCUGGAUCAGAACCCACGGGAUGUUGUCGUCGAACUCCGGAACUAAAACAGUUUGAAGCAGGACUGAAUCAUGAGUGGUGUCACAGCGUGGGCUGAGGACGAUGACAUGACUCAGGAGGAAAUGAGGUCCACGUGGUCGGAGGAGCGCUGCGAGGAGCUGUGGGAGCGGGUGGAAGGAGUGCGCCACAAGCUCACGCGCAUCCUCAACCCGGCCAAGCUCACGCCGUACCUGCGCCAGUGCAAGGUCAUCGACGAGCAGGAUGAGGACGAGGUGCUCAACUCCACACAGUACCCGCUGCGGAUCAGCAAGGCGGGUCGGCUGCUGGACAUCCUGCGGGGUCAGGGUCAGAGGGGAAUCCAGGCCUUCAUGGAGUCCUUGGAGUUCUACCAUCCAGAGCAGUUCACUCAGCUGACGGGGCAGCAGCCGACGCAGCGCUGUUCCCUCAUCCUGGAUGAGGAAGGUCCGGAGGGACUGACCCAGUUUCUGCUGCUGGAGGUCCGCAAACUGCGGGAGCAGCUGCGCAACAGUCGCAUGUGCGAGCGGCGGCUGUCGCAGCGCUGCCGUGUGGCCGAGGACGAGCGGAGUCGUGCCGAACGCAGAGCUCAGGAGCUGCGUCACGACCGACUGCAGCUGGAGAGGCUGCGUCAAGACUGCGAGUCCGCCAGCCGAGAACUGGGGCGGCUGAAGGACCGACACCUGGAGCAGGCGGUCAAGUACUCCAGAGCCCUGGAGGAGCAGGGGAAGUCCUCCACCCGAGAGAAGGAACUGCUGAAUCAGGUGGAGGAGCUGAAGUCCAGGCUGAUAGAUGCAGAGAAGCGGAGCAUCCAGUCUCUGGAGAGAUCCGCUCCGGUGAAACGGAGGAGCCUGGUGUCCAGUGGUGGUCACUGUUGUGCACCUUCAGAAACACCCUUGAGUCAGACCGAGGUCCGGAAGCCUGACACCGGAGCUCAGCCCAAGGUCCCAGACUCUGGAGUCAUCGCUCUGAUGGACAUCCUGCAGCAGGACCGCAGGGAGGCGGCGGAGCAGAGGCAGGAGCUCUGCAACAUCAUCACCCGGCUGCGGGAGGAGAUCCAGAGCAACGACGAUCACACGGACAAGCUGCAGUCGCAGUGCGAGCAGCUGCAGCUGAAGGUUCGGACGCUGCAGCUGGACUGGGAGACGGAGCAGAAGAGGAGCGUGUCCUACUACAACCAGAUCAUGGAGCUGGAGAAGGAGCGCGACCAGGCUCUCCGCAGCCGGGACAGUCUGCAGCUGGAGUACACCGACUGCCUCCUGGACAAGAACCGUCUGCGCAAACGCAUCGCAGAGCUGCAGUCCAACCUGGAGCAGCAGCAGAGGGAGCUGGAGAGAGAGCGUGAGCGCGAGUCGCUGCAGCAGAGCAGCACAUGUCUGCACUGCUCUCACCUGUCUCUGUGCAGCGAGGAGCAGUGCUACGGCCCCUGCUGCUCGCCCGGCCUUGACCUCAGCCAGACCAACAACAACCUGCUGCUGCGUAAGGCUCCCUCUAGAGGUCACGACAACUCAGAAGAUUCCAACUCAGAGGAAUUCUUGCUGUCUUCCAACGAGAAGGAAAUCAAUCGUCUCUCCACGUUCCCGUUUCCUCCGUGUGUCAACUCCAUCAACAGACGCUUCAACACAGAGUUUGAUCUGGACUCAUGGGGCAGCGAUGAGAACGACAACAUCACAGGUGAGCAUGGGGAGCCCUCCUUGUGGGACUCCUGGACUUCACUGCACACACACCUCUUCCCUCCGGACCUGGUCAACCUACCUGCCGUCCCUCCACAUGGACCCACGCCAGGUUCACCCAGGGUCCUACCUCAAUCUCCGUCCUCCAGUCCAACCACCCCACUGAAGCUUGGCAGAAGCAGUCUGGCAGACGCCAUCUCGAUCGUCGGUGGGAACCAAACCGGGAUAUUUGUCAGCCAGGUGAAGUCGGGGUCCACGGCGGAACAGUGCGGCCUGAAGGAGGGCAGCGAGCUCCUGGAGCUAGAGGGGGUUCUGUUCGGCGGUGGGAGCGUGGUGCUGAACCAGUGCACGGCUGAGGUGGCCCACUUCUCCUUGCAGUGGUGGACUGAACCGUCUGCACUGAAACAUCGCAGCAGCCCCGACGCGUACUCCCAGCUGCUGACGCAGCUCGCCUUGCCUGCCUUCCCUGGUCCAGACUCCUUCUACGUGAGAGUGAACCUCAGCCUGGAGCCGCUGGGCGAGCCGCCGUCUCUGGCCGUGUCCUGUGAUGACAUAGUACAUGUGACCGACACCAGGUACAAGGGGAAGUAUCAGUGGCGCUGCUCUCUGGUGGACAAACGCAGCGCUGCAGCCAUGCAGGCGGGAACCAUGCCCAACUACAACAGAGCUCAGCAGCUGCUGCUGGUGCAGCUGAGGAAGAUGGCCCUGGAGCAGAAGGAUUUCAAAAAGAAGAAGUUCCUCAAGAAAACAUCCGGCCGUGUCCGACUGGUCAAGGCAGUGGACCCUGGCUGCCGGGGCGUGGGCUCCUCUCGCCAGGUCCUCUACACCCUCAACAAACGUCAUGAGGAACACCUGAUCCCCUACAGUCUGGUGCAGCCGGUGACACUCCAGAAAAAGAGGCCGGUCAUCUUCUCGCCGUCUUUGCUGUCCAGGGGUCUCAUUGAGAGACUGAUGCAGCCGGCUGAGUCUGGACUGAAGUUUGACACCUGCCCACCAGAACCGAUCGAGGCGUCAGAGAGGCGAGACAGGCGGGUGUUUCUGCUGGACCAGGAUGAGACUCUGGGGAUCCGGCUGCAGACCAUACAAGACAUCAUCAGUCAGGACAAACACUGCCUGCUGGAGCUGUCGCUGCCAAGCGUGGAGGGUCUUCUGAGACACGGGGUCUAUCCCAUCGUCAUUCACAUCCCACCCAAGACCAAGAAGCACAAGAAACUCAGGAAGUUCUUUCCUGGGUGCGGGGAUGACAGCAUGAUGGAGGAGGUGUGCCACGCGGAGGAGCUGCUGCUGGAGGCUCUGCCCAUGCUGCACUUCACCUUGGACCCUUGCUCAUGGAGCUGCAGUGAGGAGCUGCUGGCAGCCAUCAACAAUGCCAUCAGCAGCCAGCAGGAGGCGGUGGCUUGGGUGGAGCUGGACAGGCUACAGUAGAGGAGCCAGACUGGGGGACACAUGUGACUUUCAGUGUUUAGGGCAAUAUGGUAGAGUAAGUGCAAUGCAUCUGAUAUGAAAUAAUCAUUUAUUGUAGGUUUUCAUAUUGUUGGGUUUUGAUUGUGUUUCAGUCAAAUAGUGUUGACUCUCUUCAGCGUUUAUAGUUUCACAUGGACUAGCAGACUGUGGUACCUUGACUAGAAAACAGGACCAGGAGUUCUGGAUCAAGAGAAAUAAAUAUAUUUAAAGGUUAUUUUCCACACUGGAUUACACUUGCUCAUGUUUUUACUUUGCUGAGUGAGAAAUGGUUUUGUGGGUUGCUGGUCAAUCGAGUUUGUUUGAAUGGAAAUCAAGCUGUGAUGACACUAAAGUGUAAUGUCAUUCAUACGGUCAAGAUUAAUUUUGAGAAUGAUGAACAUCUGUUUCUGUCAGGUUCUUCAAUUAUUUUUUAACAAAAUAAAAACUUUGCAUUGAA